GUUCCAUACCCAUUUUCUUGCGGCGCACUCACGUAGCAGAAAUAUGUGGGUGCACGAAGAAUUGCGUCUGGGUACAGAGUACGAGCUAAUGCGAAGAUUAUCGAUCACGUGUCCAUCUCGUGUUUGACUGACAACCUGACUGACAACUGUGAACUGCGCACUGUGUCGCUGCGUGGAACCGCGAGUUUGUAUUUCCCGUAUAUACGUUGCCACGUGCAGUGUUCGUGUCCUAGCGUGGGGUCGAUCGCAAACCGCUCAUUGUACUGUAAAGUCUGACAUGGCUUCCCGUAGUCGUCCUUCCAACCCUCAGUCUCAGACUCUCACGAAGUAUUUUGGCUCUGUGUCAAAGCGGCCUCGCUUGGAUGAGGAGGACAGACGACCGGACUCUACAAAGGUACCGGAUGAUGGAGGUGACGAUCUGCAUGGAGACAACAGUAGCUUACCAUCACUGGAAAGACCAGACGAUGCCACUUUUAUCCAUCCAGCUGUGUCUUCCGGAGAUUUUGCUAGAAUUGUACAGUUGAAGGAAGAACGAACUCUGACAGAUCAGGAAAAGUACCAUCUACUUACUAACCAUUUCCGGCCCAGCGCUACCUACCGCUUUCCAUCUGUUCUUUAUGGGAAGAAGAAGCGUGCAUUUCAACAUGACUGGCUUCACCAAUAUAACGGUCUUGUGUAUUCUGAGACAAUGCAGGGAAGCUACUGCAAAUACUGUGUCCUGUUUGGUCAAGCUGCGUACUCUGUGUACAGUUUUACCGGUACUCUGAUUAGUAAACCACUCACUAAUCUCCAGAAGGCCAGUGAGAAGCUGCGUAACCAUUUCAUUGGUGUCGGAGGGAGUUCAGCAAGGAAGUACCACUUACAAGCUGUUGAAAAGGCAGAGAAUUUUAAGGCUGUGAUGGAAAAGAAACAGUUGCCAGUUGACCAGCAACUUUCCAGCCUUCGAGCUCAGCGUAUUGCCAAAAACAGAGAAAUCCUAAGAUCUGUAGCAGAAACUGUUAUACUUUGUGGCAGGCAAGGGCUUGCUUUGAGAGGCCAUCGCGAUGAUUGGAAGUGGUUAGAGAAAACGCCAUACGCUAAUCACGGAAAUUCUCUUUUGACUCUGUGUACCCCGGGCCCCCGUUUAACUCCUGUAUCCGCGCUUGAGCUGUUUGACUCGCCCCCAUAG